AUGAAUCAUAUGGUGGAUAUGAUGGACAAGAGGAGCGUUGAGUGCUUGGUUCUCGUGUCAGAUGAUUCAGAUUUUGUCGAGGUUUUGAAGGUGGCAAAGUUGAGGUGUUUGAAGACAGUUGUCGUGGGCGAUAAUAAUGAUGGGGCUCUUAAGAGGGCUGCUGAUGCUGCAUUUUCAUGGCAGGAAAUCAUCAUGGGGAUGGCCAAGAAGGAAGCUGUAUCGGUUGUGGGGAGGUGGAGGGACCGUGAUAUUUUGAGAAGAUUGGAGUGGACUUAUGACGAUGAAAAGGAGAGAAACCUAUAUGAUUACAAUGAAGUGGUUGAUUAUGAGAGCAAGGAUUCGGAUAUUGAAAGUUUUAUUUCUGGGGAAGCAGACGGAUGA